AUGUCAGGAAGUGAUCAAGACGUGGUAGAUAAGACAUUUGGGCUUAUCCAUAAAGGGAUAUCCAAUAGCUACAGGUUUGCACAUGAGUUGAAAGAUUCAGUUAUCAAUGCUAUCAAACAGAUCACUCCACAAGAAGAACCUCCUGUAGCCAUCACUAAUGAACGUUCAUUUGCAUUUAACGCUUUUGCUCCUGGGUUAGUCGAUAAGGGAAGGAAAUAUUGGAUAUAUCCUGCUACAUUCUCUGUGACAUCUUUAUUAUUAUGUUUGGGAUAUCAGAAGUUUUUACGCAUUGCUACAAGUUUAUCAGAAAAUGAGAAAAGGAACAUCUUAGUACUAGGGAAUAGAAAUGAUCCUAUUAUUAGAUCUCAAAUUACUGAUCUGUAUAGAAGGAAAUAUACUGUGUUUGUUUGCUCUGAACAUUUAACUGAGGAAAAGGAAGAUGAAGAGUUUUUAUAUUACAUUAAUCCUAGAUCAUCGGAUGAUUUGUUGAAGUUCAUGAACAAAGUGAUGAUAAAUGACAAGAAAACAGUUAAUUUGGAUGCCAUACUUUUUAUGCCAAAUUUAGCAUACCAUACGCCAGGGCCAAUAUCGACGAAAGAACUAGAACAAACCUUACAUUCAAAUAUCAUGGUUUAUAAGGAUGCCCUAGAUAAAAUAUUACCUCAUUUAAGGAAUAACAAGAGAAUUCCGUUAUUACUUUAUAACCCAUCUUUACCCUCUAAGAAAAAUAUUUCAUCGCAACCUACAACGAUAUUUGUUUCUGGAUGCAUCAAUUCCUUAUAUCAGACCUUCUCUGAGGAUCAUCUCGUUAACCCGUACAUGUUUCAUCUUGGUGUUUUCAAAUUGGCUGGUCAACCCUCAAAUUAUAAAUAUUUACAAGCUAAUGGCCAAAAUAUUAAUACUGCGCUUUUAGAUCCUGUUUAUCAACUAAUUGUAUCACUGAAUGGGAAUUACGGUCAACGAUUUUUAGUGUGGAUAAGAACGUUUGGAGGUCUUUAUAAAGUUUUUUAUUUUGGAUCAUUUUACAUUUCGAAAUGGCAUCGUCCAUUGUUUGCUUAUAUCGGAAAAAUAACUGAAUUACUUAAGGAAGGUUUACGAGUUACCAUCAUGUUUUUCUAG